AUGGGGCUAACCUGGAAGCAGCGGGUCUUCACGGCUCUACUGGGCACCGCAGCGGUCUCAGGCCUCACCGCGCUGCUUCUCAUCCUGGUGGGGACCAUCACCGUCCUCCUGCCUCCAGACACCAAGUUUGGGAUCGUGUUCGACGCUGGGUCCUCCCACACGUCCCUCUUUGUGUAUCAGUGGCCGGCCGACAAGGAGAACGACACGGGCAUGGUCAGCCAGGCCCUGGCCUGCCAGGCGAAAGGGUCUGGAAUCUCUUCCUACGCCUCCAACCCUGCGCGCGUCGGCGAGAGCCUGCAGGGCUGUCUGGAGGAGGCGCUAGCACUGAUCCCAAAGGCCAAGCAUCACGAGACACCCAUGUUCCUGGGGGCCACUGCCGGCAUGCGGCUGCUGAGCCACAAGAAUCGCUCGCAGGCGGAGGACGUCUUUGCUGCGGUCAGACAGGCCCUGGGCCAGUCACCGGUAGACUUCCGGGGCGCAGAGCUCCUGACGGGGCAGGACGAAGGCGCCUUUGGUUGGAUCACCAUCAACUACGUCCUGGGCCUGCUGGUGAAGUACUCCUUCUCUGGAGAAUGGAUCCGGCCCCUGGAGGAGACGCUGGUGGGCGCCCUGGACAUGGGUGGGGCCUCCACGCAGAUUACCUUUGUACCCGGAGGCCCCAUUCUGGACAAGACCACCCAGGCCACCUUCCGCCUCUAUGGUGCCGACCACACCGUCUACACCCACAGCUACCCCUGCUUCGGGCGCGACCAGGCGCUGGGCAGGCUGCUGGCCGAGCUGGUGCAGGCUAGCCCGGGCCUCCUGGUCCGUCACCCCUGCUACCACAGCGGCUACCGGGGCACGCUGGCCCUGGCGCCCCUGUACGAGUCGCCCUGCGUCCCGGCGGCACCCCCGGACCUCAGCCAGAACCUCACCGUGGAGGGCACGGGGAACCCCGGGGCCUGUGUCGAGGCCCUCCGGAAGCUCUUCAAUUUUUCCAGCUGUGACGGCCGAGAAGACUGUGCCUUUGCCGGGGUCUACCAGCCCCCCGUGCAGGGCCAGUUCUACGCUUUCUCCAGCUUCUACUACACCUUCCACUUCCUGAAUCUCACCUCCAAGCCGUCACUGAGCGAGGCCAACGCCACCAUCUGGGAGUUCUGCCUGCAGCCCUGGAAGCUGGUGGAGGACAGCGCGCCCCCGGACCAGGACCCCUGGCUGCGGGACUACUGUGCUUCGGGCCUAUACUUCCUCACACUCCUGGUCGAGGGCUACGGGUUCAGUGAGGAGACCUGGGGAGGCAUCGAGUUCCGCCAGCAGGCCGGCGGCACUGACAUCGGCUGGACGCUGGGCUACAUGCUGAACCUGACCAACCUGAUCCCAGCUGAGGUGCCCGCCCAGCGGCGGGCGCAGAGCUUUGGCGUCUGGACGGCCGGGGUCGUCUUCGUGGUGCUGACGCUCGCGGCCACACUAGGGGCCGUGGGGGUGCAGCUCUUCUGGGUCCAGGACUAG